AUGACAGCAACCACUCCCCAACCCCCCAGCAACCCGCCUCCAGAUGGACGACAAACACAACGCCCAACAAGCGGCGAUGCCUCACCAUUCUCCACAGCAAGCUCAGAGGAAAAGGCAACAAACGAUGCCCGUUCGAAAGAGCCGGGUGAAAUCGAAAUCCUAGACUGGCACGACCCCUCCGACCCAGCCAACCCGAUCAACUACAGCACCACCAAGAAAUGGCUCAUCACCGGCGCCGCCCUCUUUGGAACCCUCAUCAUCCCGCUCAACGGCACCUCCAUCACCGUCGCCCACGAGCAGCUCGACGGCGCCUUCAACGUCAACGAGUCCAGCUUCCCGCACAGCUACUGGGCCGUAACAAGCUGGUCCGUCGGCGGGGCCGUCUUCAUCGUCGUCGGUCUCCCCCUUCUCGAAGACUUGGGCGUAAGACUGGGGUACCUCAUCUUCUACGCCUUCUUCCUCUUAAUGAUAAUCCCGCAAGCGCUUGCUCAGAAUUUCGCCACCUUGAUCAUCACCCGCUUCUUCUCCGGCGGCUGCGUGACGCUCCUAGCCAACACCGUCGCGGGCAUCAUCCCGGAUAUCUGGUCCGGCGACCGCGCGAGGAGUGUGCCGGUGAGUUUGUAUAUUCUGUGCUAUUUAAUGGGGAGCACGCUCGGGCCUCCGAUGUUCGCGGGCGUGAUCCAGCAUAUCGGCAACUGGCGGUGGAUCUUCUAUAUCCAGCUCAUCCUCUACGGCGCCUGCCUGCCGUUCUUCUACCUCACCAUCUCCGAAACUCGCGCGGACGUCAUUUUGCGGCGUCGUGCGAAGCGUCUCCGUAAAUCCAACCCCGGAAGACGGAUCUACACCCGCGCGGAGCUUGCGCAAACCUCCCUCCUCUCCACCCUCGGCCGCUCCGUCUACCGUCCUGUCUACCUCCUUGCCACCGAGCCCGUCCUCAUAGCCUCGACAAUCUGGUCCGCCUUCUCCUUCGGCACCGUGUUCCUCUUCACCCAGUCGACCGAACAAGUCUACAUCGCGCUCUACGGCUGGAACGUCUGGUCCACGGGCUACAUCCAAGCCGCCAUCGUCGUCGGCGAGAUCCUCGGCUUCCUGACCUCCUUUCUCAGCACGAAACUCUACUUCGCCUCCACCCCCCGCAAUACCGAAGCCCCUGGCCGUCCCAUCCCAGAAGCACGACUGUACGUCAGCAUCUUCGGCUCCUUCGCCGGCAUCGCAGGCGGCAUGUUCGUCUACGCAUGGACGGCUUACCCGUCCCUCCCUUGGAUCGCGCCAACCAUCGGUCUGGGGAUGGUGGGGUUCGGGAUCCAAACCGUCGUCUCCGCCGUGGCAGACUACAUUGAAGACGCGUACGCGGUCUCCGGAUACGCUGCGUCGGCCAUCAGCGGAGUAGCGGCUGGCGAGAACAUCGUCGCUGCUUUCCUUCCCUUGGCGACGCAGCGGAUGUAUACGAGUCUGGGAUUCCAGUGGGCGAGUUCGCUGCUCGGGUUCGUGGCUGUAGUGUUGAGUUUUGCUCCCGUGGUGUUUGUGUGGAAGGGAAGGGAACUGAGGGGGAGGAGCCCGUUUAUGCGGAGUGGGGGGCAGACGUAUGCUUCUGAAAUCAAAAGUUGA